AUGUAUGCGUUCUUCUUGAAACCACAGAUGUUGUCCUUCCCACCCUUUUACCCAAUUCUGUCCCAUUUCCAAAUCUUCAACAACUCCUUCUUCUUCUUCUCUAGAUUCUUCAACCCUUCCUCUUCUUUUCCACAAAAGUUUAAUCGUUCGGAAUCGUUGCACAUUUCCUGCCGCGAGCACACAGUGUAUCCUGUUUCGGAGCAAGACCUCUCAGUGAAAUAA